AUGGCAGACGUCAAACCGUACUCAAUCUCUGUCCCCGACUCUCGUCUCAAGGACCUCAAGCAACGACUCAGCCUCGCCAAGUUUCCAGACGAACUCGACGAAGCCGGAUGGGACAUGGGCGCUCCUCUUCAAGAUGUGAAACGCAUCACGAAAUACUGGCACGACACUUAUGAUUGGAGAGCCGCCGAGAAAGAGCUGAACAAGCUCCCACACUGCACCACCAAUAUCCAAUGUGAUGGAUUUGACCCACUUACGAUACACUUCAUCCAUCAACCCAGUAAAGUCAAGAAUGCCAUUCCACUGCUCUUUAUCCAUGGAUGGCCGGGCCAUUUUGGAGAAGUGAUAAAAAUCCUGAAACCACUUGGAAACGGAGAUGGCAUCAGUACACCUGCAUUCCAUAUUGUUGCGCCUUCGCUGCCCAACUUCGGAUUUUCGGAUGGAAUUAAGAAACGUGGAUUUGCCCAGGAACAAUACGCAGAAACCAUGAACAAGCUAAUGAUCAAACUUGGCUAUGACGAAUAUGUUACACAGGGCGGUGACUGGGGAUGCCACAUUAGCCGUGCUCUUGCGCAUCUUUACCCUAAUCACUGCAAAGCUACACAUCUUAAUAUGGACAGUGCCAACCCGCCAGAAUUCUCAAAAAAUCCAGUUCUCGCCUUGCAGCAUGCAGUUACACCCUACACGAAACGAGAGCGAGAAGGCGUUGGGCGUUCAAAAUGGUUCACCCAGGAAGGUUAUGGAUACAAUGUGGAGCAGUCCACCAAACCGCAGACACUCGGCUAUGGCCUAGCGGACAGCCCAGUUGCUUGCCUUGCUUGGAUUUACGAGAAGUUACACGAUUGGACGGACUCUUACCCCUGGACAGACGAUGAAGUCUGCACUUGGAUUAGCAUUUACUGGUUCAGUACAGCCGGGCCAGCUGCCAGCGUUCGUAUCUACUACGAAACUCAGCACAACUAUGACAAUCGCCCGAACAAGCUAGAUCGCAAUAGACUUCGAUCUUGGUCACCAGGUGUCAAACUAGGGUUCAGUCACUUUCCCAUGGAUAUUACUGUCUAUCCUAGUACCUGGGUGCGGACGCUUGGGGAGACUGUAUUUGAGAAGGAACAUGAGAGAGGAGGCCAUUUUGCAGCUUUCGAACAGCCGCAGGAGCUAGUGGAAGAUGUGAGAGAGAUGUUUGGCAAAACAGGAGGGGCAUACAACGUUGUCAAGGGGCGCAGCGGGUACAAUUCCUAG